AUGGAUGCGAUGCACUGGAAUUUGAAACAACAAUGCUUAGGAAGUUCAUCGUCACUAACAAAUGUAAGAGAAAAAUUAGAUCCAAAGAGUAAAUACGAUCGAGCACCAGUAUUAAGUGAAGAUAAAUAUACACCAAAAACAUUAGUAGGCAAUUGGUUUGAACGCAGAGUGGUAUAUACACCUGAACCUGAUAAUUGGAGAACAUCAUACGAUAUAGAUUACAUAGUUCAUACUAAUAAGACUUGGCAAACAAAUCAGAAUGCAAAGUGGGACAACAAAUUAAUGCUUGAGGGUUUGGCUCGAGAAACAUUACUAGAUCACAGAGAGGAGUAUAGAAACAACAUGACAACAACUUAUGAUUUAUGUUAUAAUAUUUUACCAAAAACUCUUCAUGGACCUAGAAUUAGAUCAUAUAAUGCAAGACAGCGACAAUGGAUUCCCGAAUUAGAUUUGACAAAAAGUUUCGGCACAUUAACAGAAUUUGGAUUAGGAAAUAUGUUGAAAGAAGAAAUAUACGCAAAUUCGGAAGAGGGAAUAGCCAAAUAUCGAUGGCAAACUACGUACAGAGAAAAAUUUGAGCCAUCGAAACCACUAAAUACUAAAGAAAACGUUAAAUUUCGCAGACGAAUAGUGGAUUUUAAUGUACCGGAUCUUAAACAGUUUGAACGUAAAUUAUCAGAUACUAAGCAUUGCUUACUUAUACGAUAAAUUAUAAAUUCAAAAUCAAAUGG